CGAUCUUCAGUUUCGAUCGGGAAGUGCGGACGCGAGGUCUUGGUCUUCUUGAAUAUCGCCCAUUGCAUUUCCUGCCGUGUGCCCUGCGGUGUCGUCAGAGUUACGAGCCAGAGUCCGAACGUCGGAUCUGCCGGAGCGUGGAUCCCCCGGAUCGUUGCCGUCGUCGUUGUGCAAGUGCGCGCCAGUCACGUACCGCCGUUGCAAUCAAUCCAAUAUAUAUUUUAGCCAUAGAAGAGCAACCAAUAAGAAAUAUUCAAAAAAUAUUGUAAGAAACAGUGCACCUUCGAUGCUCGUUGGUUGAUUGAUUAACACAUCACCUCCCACCCACACAAACAGGGAGCAAAGUAUCGGAAUUGGAAUUCGAAUUGGAGGUGGAAUCGCUUCCAUUAUUGCAAUUGCAAUUGCGCGGUGUGCAUCAUCAUCAGCGGAGAACGUUAAAAGUGCCGCGACUGCAUUGUUUUGACUUUGAUCGUGUGUGUCGUGGUCUUUGGUUGUCGGUUUUCGGUCUUCGGUCUUCAGUCUUCCCCCGCCGCUCGAUCUUCUGCGCCCUGUCCUCCAGUUAAUGCUCCCCACUCCAAUCCAGCGGAGCGCGUGCGUGUUGUAACUUUUGAUUAGCUCCGUAGCUGGAGUUGGAUUUGCUCUGGGAUUCCGAUUCGGAUCUUCCAGUGCGCUUGCGUUUUUCGUAACUUAUCGCCGCCCACAUCUCUUCCAGUCACUCUUGCAUUCGCCGCCUUCGACGCCGCCGUUGCGGUUCGUUCUUCUUUCUCAGCAAUGUGCGGCCAAUUUGUUGUAACGAAAUUAAUUAUAUAAUUUCCAACAAAAAACACCGCCAAAAUCCCCGUUAAAAUCAAUUGAACAAAAGAGAGGAGGAGGCCUUUGAAUAGAUACGAUACGCGGUGCUAAUGCGAAAAGAAACUCCCCGACAAUCGCCAGAAAUUGUAAAGAAAUAAAUUAUAAACGUACAAAAUGUCUAUAAAUAAUACAAGACAUUCGCCAUUCCGAUAUGGCUUCGGAUUUGGAUUCGCUUCGAGCUCCCUGCUGCUGCUGGUUGCCGUCUGGUGCUGCUCCCUCGGAAACUUUGGAACGGAGGCCCACGUGGCCCUCACCUAUCCACCUGCCCGCAAAUACGAUCUGGACUUUCUGGACAACUCGCGAACGAAGGCGCCAUGUGGCAUGCCCAAAGGCUCCAUACGCACCACGCUGCUCUCCGGCAUGCCGUUCAACGUCACCUGGCAUUUGGCCUAUCCACACAAGGGCGGCUUUCGGUUGCAACUAUUGGAUGCCCUUGAUCGGCCUGUUUUGGACCUCACGCCCCAUGUGAAUAAUUCCGAAUUUGUGCGAACAGAUGUCACGGCGCAGUCAUACCAAGUGAGCAUCAGCAGAGACUUUGAGUGCUUCAACUGCACUUUGCGGCUGCUCCGGCAGGCGGACGAAUGGUCCAAUAGCUAUCGCUUCUGGUCCUGCGCGGAUGUGGACAUCAAGAAGCGCAAGGACUUUAAGGAGACCUGCUCCGGCAACGGCAAGUACUUCACAUCGCGCUGCAAGUGCGACAAGAACUUCUAUGGCCCGCAGUGCCAGUACAAGGACGAGUGCUCUGCAGACGCUGACUGCGGUGUCCAGGGCAAGUGCGUGGAUUUGGGUGGAACGUCGCUGCCGCGGAGGCAGUGCUACUGCAACUUUGGAUGGUUCGGAAUUGGAUGCAAUAAGCGAUCGCCCUACAAGACCACCGACCUCGACCUCUCCUCGUACGCCAAAAAGGAGCUCUCGCCCGAUUAUCAUAUCUACUGGCGACUCCUCGAGGAGCAGAAGGAGAUCGAGGUGGUGCUCAGGGUCAACGGUACCUCUUGGGUGGGCUUGGGCUGGAGGCCGCGCGGUCUGACGCCGGAGUGCAAGAACUUCCCAUUGGUCAGGGACAUUGGAGACUUGACUACUACAGUGGAGCAGAGUUCGGCACCGGAACCCAAGAGCGAACCGGAGCCCAAGAGCGAACCGGAGCCCAAGAGUGAGCCGGAACCCAAAAGCGAACCGGAACCCAAGAGCGAACCCGAACCGAAGAGUGAGCCAGAGCCCAAAACUGAACCGGAACCCAAGAGCGAACCGGAACCCAAGAGUGAGCCGGAACCCAAGAGCGAACCGGAACCCAAGAGUGAGCCGGAACCCAAGAGCGAACCGGAACCCAAGAGCGAACCAGAGCCUAAGAGUGAGCCAGAGCCAAAGCGCUUAGCCGAGCUGAAGGCCGCUCCAGAACCGAAGAGCGAACCGGAACCCAAGAGCGAACCAGAGCCCAAGAGCGAACCAGAGCCCAAGAGCGAGCCAGAGCCCAAGAGUGAGCCGGAGCCCAAGAGCGAACCGGAACCUAAAAGUGAACCAGAGCCCAAGAGUGAACCAGAGCCCAAGAGCGAACCGGAACCCAAGAGCGAACCUGAACCGAAGAGUGAGCCGGAGCCCAAGAGUGAACCGAAACCCAAGAGUGAACCGGAACCCAAGAGCGAACCGGAAACCAAGAGCGAGCCGGAACCCAAGAGCGAACCGGAACCCAAGAGCGAACCAGAGCCAAACAGCACACCGGAACCCACGAGCGAACCGGAAGCCACAAGUAAGCCCGAGCCCAAGAGCGAGCCGGAGCCGGAGCCGAAGAGCGAGCCAGACGCGCAGAGUAGCAAGUCCAAGAGGGUAGCCGGAAAUUUCGCUCAGGAGGGUGUUACCUCAGUGUCCCACAGCGUCUCAUACCGGGUCAGCACCAAAUCAGAUCGACAGCGCCGUGAAGCGGACACAGAAACGCCAAAGUACCGUCUGAAUGCGUACACACCACGCCAUGACUUCAACCCGAUGGACUGCACGGACAUCGUGAUCGGAUCAGCUCGCGGAUUGGCCAGCCGGGUAGGAGAUUACUACACCCGUGAUCGCUCAACUCCGCGCAGCGAUGAAUUCUACGGUGGGAAAUCCAAUCUGGCCUUGGGCACGGGUUUCGAGGAGAAUGGUGUAACCACUAUUAUCUUCCGGAAGAAACUGGUGGCGAAUGAGCCCACCGAUCACACUCUGGAUGAUGCCCUGACCCAUGUUAUCUGGGCCAAGGGCCAGGAGCCGGGCAGCUAUGUGCAUGUCCCAGCCUCCGGACUGGAGACGGAGACCUCAACUGUCAAGGAUUUCUAUCAGCCAGAUGAACUGAAGUACCAUGGACACCAAAUGCAGCGCGGAGUUACCCAGAUUAACUUCUUUGAGAAAGACAAGGCAUCCACAAGCACCGAUCGUAAUGAUUUAAGCACCAAUGUCCUGGAUAAUGAUUGCUAUGGGCACUGGAAAUAUCCGUCGAAUUGCUCUCCUCAGGAGCACACCUGCGAGUACUAUGCCAGCUGGGAGACGGUCGGCAAGGGCGAUGAGAUGCGUUGGCACAUCGAAACUUCGAACACGGAGACAUGGACCGGCAUUGGCUUCAGCAAUGACCAGAGAAUGUCGCAGACGGACUCCAUCAUCGGUUGGGUGGAUAAACGCAACGGCAGACCCUUCCUUAUGGACACCUGGGUGCUGGGCUAUGCUCCACCAAAGCUGGAUGACCGACAAGACAUAUACAACGCAUCUGGUCGCAUUGAAAAGGGCGUGACCAUUCUCGAGUUCAAUCGCAAGCGGGUUAGCAACGAUGAGCAGGACCUGUCCUUCACGGACGAUCACUGCCUGUACCUGUUCUUCCCGGUUUUAGGCGGUGCCUUCAAUGUGGUGAACAAGAAGAUACGCAAGCACGAGCAAGUACCUAGCGUAUCCUCGCAACGUGUCUGCAUCAAGUCGUGUGGCAAAGAAUUGGAGGCCGUUUUCGUGGGAACAAGCACUCCGGCUCCCAGUCGUCUUGUGUACACUGUGGGCGUUAAACUCAUGAACUUGGGCGAAUCCUAUGAAGCUCCCAAGCCCGGAACCGUGGAGUUCAACAAUUUGGCAGCCACCAUUUCAGACUCUUUUAAUGGCUUUCUAAGUUCUCUGGCGGGUUAUUACAAGACGGAGAUUUUGGGCUUUGAAAAAGAGGGCAGUACGAUGGUGGCCAAGGUUCAGGCCAUGUUCGAUAAGGCGGAUGUGGAGAAGAAGCACAGCCUGGAGAGCAAUGCGGUGGAGAAAACCGGCGAGGAAGCUGCUCAAAAGAACGCCGAUGCGAUUAGGUCAGCCCUGAAGGAUCAGAUUGCCACCGGUCGUGUAGGUUCACUUACAGUGGAUCCACAGUAUUUGGACUUUGAGGCAUUGGAAUACAAGAGCUCCUCGGAACCGAAUGCCAAGGAGACACUCCUUUCCUUUUUCGAUCUCUCCGAGACGCGACUAUACAUCGUUUUGGGUCUGAUUGCCGCUCUGGUACUCAUCGCCCUGAUCCAAGCCUUCUGCACCAUUUGGAAGACGUCGCGCAAGAGCAAGAACACCAAGGAGAAACUUAUCCAGAACUCACCCUGGAAGGAGUUUGCCUCGAACACGAACUACGCUUUUGACCCCUACGGCGAAACAGAGGAGAAGCACAUGACUAACAGCACAACGACCAAGGAGAAGGCCCGUCAUCGCCAUCAGUCCACCACCAGCAGUCAACAGACCACGCUGCCCAUGUCCCAUUCGCCCACAAGCAAGUCCCAGAUGUAUUACGAGAGUCCCAAUGGCCAGGGCCAGGGCAAGGGUAGCGGCAACGGCAAUGGCAGUCGCUCCAACGGACGUUCCGCCGCCGUCACCCAGGAGAGCAGCGCCGGAGGAGCACCCUACUCGCGCAGCUCGUACGCGGAGCGAGCUUACUCGCUGCCCCGGCAGGCGCAUCAUUACCAACAGAGUCCGGCCAGCAUGCAGCCAUCGGGCUAUUAUACCCACGACAGGCGGGCCGCUAGGCAGGGCAGCCGCGACAGGGAGCGAGAGCGUGAGCGCGAAGAAGAGCGUCGCCAUCGUCAGGAUCGAGAUCGUGACUCUGGCUACGAUCGGUCGCGGGAUGAUCCGCGCCAGAACGGCGGCUCCGAUACGCCCGACUUCUACUUUAUGCCCUCGCAGCGCAAGUACUCCGGCGAGGUUGUGCGCGUCUACGUGGAUUACAACAAGGAUCCAAAGCAUUAAAGCACAAAAUCUGUUUAUUUAAAGUUCAUUUUAAGUUCUAUCAUCUGUACUCCGUCCGUUCGUUGUCCGUCCGUCUCGAGUUUGACUUCAUUUCUGACUUGGAAAGCAGUUAAACAUAAUAUAUAAAUUUAUUUUUUUCAUACUUUCGUAUAAUCACCCAUAUCUUUUAAGCUAAAAGUGUAUAUUUUUUAUUCCAAGUUCUAAAAGUUGAUACCCGUCUCUAUGCACUUUUCCUUCCUUCUGUGCUCUUCAUUUUUCCCUCCCCUCAGUUUCGAUUUUGCCAUAAAGCAGCUCGGGAAUGCAGUGUCGAAGGCCUUCCCGGUGACUUUUUCCAGGUGCGCCAGCUUUACACCACAAAACGCACAACAACACAUGAUUCAACAACUUAGUGAAUUGUAAAUAUUUUGCAUAGACUACAAAACAAAAAAGAAAUUAAUCAGCAACACAAAUCACAACUUCAAUUAGGUACGUGCAUUCAAAAUGUUUUCGCAUUGUCUUACUUUAAAUUUGCAAAGAAACAUAGUCACUGUAUUUAAUCAAAUUAAAUAUUCGCAUUAAGUACGUAUAAAUAAACUUAAGGACAUUAUAUACGCCAAA